AUGGUGAAAUCCACGAAUGUCGACUUGUCCCUCGAUGACAUCAUCUCGAAGACGAGAAAGACCAACAGUAGCAUUCAGAAGAAGCCGUUCAGUCGUCCAGAAGGCAGACGCAGCAACGGAAGACCAACUGGUAUUCCACGUCGCUCGGGAGGAGGUGGAGGAGGAUGGAAAGAUCUGGACGCCGUUGCCAACCACGGAAUCACCCGAGGAAACGGUAAAUGAGCUACAACGUAUCGAUUUUUCAAUGUCUUUUUUUAGACAACAAGGUUGUCAGAGUCAACAUCUCGAAUCUCGCCGCGACUGUCAUCUCGUCCGAUUUGGAAGAGCUCUUCGGAAGUUAUAAACUCAACUCUGUUGCCGUCAACUUCAACGAGCAUGGUAAUUGAAAAAAAAAUAUAAUACAGUACCUCAUUGACUUUUUUCAGGAGAAUCCCUCGGUACAGCAGACAUUUCGCUCUCAAAGCGUGAUGCCGAAAGACUCGUUCAACAGUAUGGUGGCGUCGCUCUCGACGGAAAGGUACACAAUUGGGACACGACGAGCCGAUAACAAAGCCUCUUGACAAUUCAAUCAUCUGGGGCACCUGUCUAUUAUUUCGUGUGCUUCAGACGCUUCUCAGAAGGAUGCGUCAAUCCAAGAUAAUUACAAAAACGUCCAGAACGCACCUUCCCUUCCUGUCCAGGCAACAAGACUGACUGACUCCUUCCGGAGAAAGAAUGAAAUUCCCUCUUGUGGUGAUUGUUGAGUGGCCGCUCGUUUGCUCAAGCUGCGGACUAUAGUUGACACGUGUCGUGAUAUGGAAAGGGGAUGUUGGUCCGAGAGACGAAGAGUCGCAGCCGGGGAGCUUCUCAAGACCGCCGCCAUCUUCACUCGUUGAUUGAUUGGUUUAGAGACUUGAUUAUUCGAGCAGUCGUCUUCAUCCCUGCCCUGGAGAUCAGGUGAUCAAGUGUGCAACUAUCCUUUUUCAGAUGAUGAAGUUCGCUGUCAUCGAUACGAGCAACAUUGCCGGAAGGGUCGACUUUGGAGGAAGAGGACGCACAUCUCCGGGAAGAUCAUCCCGUGGAUUCGCGUCGGGAAGCCGCAAGUUCGUCAAGUCGAGUAAGUUUGAAUAAAACUAAAGUCGUCUUCAAAUAAAGUCGUCUUCAAUUUACAGAACCAGAAGGCUUCUUGCGUGACGGAGUUCAUGAGGGGGAUGUCCGUGGUGGAUCCGGCGGACGUGGUGGUCGUGGUCGCAAGGAAGGACGUGGAGGUCGCGACGCGAAGCCGAAGAAGACUGAGGCCGAGUUGGAUGCCGAGCUCGAGGCCUACAUGUCGAAACGCAACGCCUAA